AUGUCCCUCCAGACCUCUAUGUACCACGCCGAUUCCGACGCGGAUGACGAGUAUGAGCGCAGCGUGAUUACGUCCCCGCACCUUCAAACGGACUCGGAAGCCUCUCCCACCGAUUCCGACAUCGCAUCCUCUGAACAUACGCCGACCAAGUUCGGAAGUGAGGGCCCGCGCACCCCUCGAACAGUCAUCUCAGAAUGGACAGCAGACGAGUGUGUGGACUUUUUGACGUCGCUUGGACUGCUUCAAUACUGCGGUACCUUCCGAGAAAACGGGAUUGUAGGUGAAGCUCUUAUCGCGCUGAAGCACGAUGAGCUGAAGGAGAUGGGAAUCAAUAGCGUGGGUCACCGGUUGACGAUCUUGAAAAGCGUAUACGAGAUCAAGAUUCGGCAGCAUGUGCCUCUCGAUGUCGACCAUUAUAUCCCGCUCUCGGCGGAUCAGAGCAUGAACGAGAAUGCCACGCAGGAUGAUAUCGCUCGUUUGAUUCAGUCAAUCCAGCGCCGUGAUGAGAAGAUCAUGAUGGUCGAGGCUGAAAUGCACCGCCUCGCAGAGGAUUACAGAAGGUUAAGGGAAGAGAUUCUGCCGGUCAUCAAAAUCGCCAAAGACCGAUCUCAACCAUUGCCUCCUCCAUCCUCUCUGGGAACGUCCUCAGAUAGCUACCACGACACCGCAACUCUCACUUCUCCUUCGCAACUUACAUUGGUCGACAACUCCACGACUUCUAAACUCCAUCGGGCCUUCUCCAAGCGCACCUACACCGGAGGUACCACGCCGAAGAAUAACUCCCCAACACACAUCCCACCCUCAAUAUAUGAAUCUCGAAAUUACCAUGACAAUCAAAAUCUCGAUCCGUCUGCGGCGGCUGUGGCCGCAUCAUCACACCUCUCAGCAUCGGUGAAUGGAGGACUACAGCAUUCCCCGGCCGUCCCGUCACCAACCUCUCCCAACGCACAUACAUCCCAACACCAAACACUUAACCCGCGCUCAUACACCCAACCUAGCUCCGGUCGUAGCAUGCACGACCACUCCGAUGAUAUACCGCAGAGGACUGCAUCCCGGGCUGACCGACUCACUCCAAGGGAGCAACCUUCCCGAACAGAAACACCAUCCGGAUCACGUGAAUCAUCAGCACCCCCAGGUCAACCAUCGAGCGUGGAGAUAUUCAAGUCCUUCCGAGUAUCCUGGGAUGAUCCCUGUUACAAAGUGCUUCCGGCCGCCCUGAAGAAAUACAACAUCCAUUCCGACCCAAAACUUUAUGCACUGUACAUCGUGUACGGAGACCAGGAAAGGUGCUUGGCAUUGGAUGAGAAACCGCUCAUCCUCUUCAAGCAGCUUGAAAAGGAAGGCCGCAAACCAAUGUUCAUGUUACGAAAGAUCCACCCAGAUAAUCCCACCUACCCAAUCCCCGGUUCCGCGCCUAACAGCGCAGGAUUUGAAAGUGGACGGCCACAGGCACAAAUAAACCUCCCAGGAGGGGUUCUGUGA